AUGUUUAGUAAUCAGAGCAACCGUCAAGAUACGAAAGAAGAACUAAAACCGAUCACGUCAACUACCAUUCCAUAUGUUAAAGGACUCAGCGAGAAAAUUCGAAGAAUUUUAGAAGAUGUAAGGAUUAAAGUUAGUUUCAAACCUCAAAACACAAUUGGCCAAUUACUUUCUAAUGUCAAAGACCGCCCAUGCCCCAACAAGAAAAACGGCGUGGUAUAUGCAAUCCCAUGCGUUGAUUGUUGCUCUAUUUACAUUGGAGAAACGAAACGAAGUCUAGAAACUAGAAGAAAAGAACAUCAGCGUGAUGUAAAACAAAAGAAAUUUGAAAAAUCGGCCCUUUCGAAACAUGCCCUUUCUACUGAUCACAGCAUUGAUUGGGAUAACAGCAGGAUAUUGGAACAUGAAAUUCACUACAGAAAAAGACUAUUUCUCGAAUCUUAUCAUAUCAACAAAGAGAAAAAUUCAAUGAACGAUAAAGAUACUACAUUGUUCCCGCAUGUAUAUAAAUCAUUGUUUGGAUAG